AUGACUGCCCUCUUCCCAAUCCUUCUGGCUGCCCUCCUCCUUGCUCGUCCCAUUCUCUCCAACACCGAGAAGACCAUCUUCCUCGCGCCGGCCGCCUCUGUCGCUUCUUCUGAUGGUCGUGUUUCUUUACUACCGCUUCAAAAACUACCGGCUUUGACCCCCGAACAUAACACUCUUCGGACGAAGCUGCCGGCUAUCUUCCCCAACGCGACAUAUCCGCGCGGAGCGGCAACUUGGUUCCGGUUGGACGGCCUGGAAGAGGGGAAGAGGUAUGAAGUGAGGGUUUGCUGGGCUGCGACUCAACCAACAAACUUCUACCUCAUCACCCACACCCUCUCCGACGUUCUCUCCAACCCUGAGCUUUUCUCCUCUCUCCAGUCAUACGCCCCUUCUCCUUCGUUCGCAUCCGCCUUCGAACCAGAUUACUUAUCCGAAAAACCAACCAUCCUCCUCCGAAUCCAAGCCCAAGCCGACUUCUACACCCCACCGCACGGUCCACACGGCGAGCUGAUGCGCUCCCCGCAGCCAGUCGACGCAGACGUGAUCCUCGAUCCAUACAUUCUGAACGUGCUGCCGCGGUCCCUGCUUGGGACGGUGAUAUACAUUACUGGGUUUGGAAUCGUGUCGUGGUUUGUUGCGCGUAGGAUUGCCAGGUGGGUUGAAGGGGUCGCGUCUGGGGAUAGGGAUGGGAAGGGAGAAAAGAAGGAGUGA